CCGGCUUCACUCCCGCACGCCGACCUCCCGGCUGCUGUCCUGCCUCCUCAGACUCCUCAGUGGCUGCUAGUCCGGCUCCCCCAGCCCUCCACCGCCUCACCCCCGCCAGGGUAUCGGCGGGCCCGCGUCCUCCAAGUCCCCCAGGAGACGCCCUGUGCGUCCGGGACUUGGUGAAACUUUGCAGACGCCCGCGGUGAAAUGGAUUUAAUCCAAGGCAUCUUGCUCCGGCUCUUGCUCCUGGCUUCCAGCUCCGGACCCUGCGUCGCGUCGUCGCUCGGAGCAGCUCUCCGAAAACAAGGCAAGAUGGGGUCUCCUCUCCAUAUCACGGUGGACACAUUGAACUGUACAGCUUUCAGCAUCCAGUGGAACAUGCCAAGGCAUCCUGGGCGCCCCAUCAUCGGGUAUACUGUUUUUUACUCUGAGGUCGGCGUAGAUAAGUCCCUGCAGGAGCAGUCCCAUAGCGUGCCGCUCAGCCACAACACCUCAGCCACUGAGCAAGUGAUCGGACAUUUGAAACCAGGCACUGAAUAUCGAGUGAGCGUAGCAGCUUACAGCCUGACGGGCAAAGGGCGGUUUAGCAAUCCUCGACACGUUACCACUUUGCCCCAAGAUUCCUGUCUGCCUCCAGCAGCACCCCAACAGCCACACGUCACUGUGGUUUCUGAGUCCGAGGUGGCCCUAUCUUGGAAACCUGGAGAGAGUGAAGGAAGCUCCCUUAUUCAGAACUAUUCUGUGGAAUUCAUCAGACCGGAUUUCGACACGAGUUGGACCUUAAUCCAAGAGCAGAUCCAGGUGGACUCCAUGGUUAUCAAGGGUCUUGAUCCGGGUACCAACUACCAGUUUGCUGUGAGGGCCAUGAAUCCCCACGGCCCCAGCCCCCGAAGCCAGCCCAGUGACACCAUCCGAACCUUCCGCCCCGAGGAAGCAGGAAGUGGCCGCUAUGGACCCCAUUACAUAACCGACACGGGAGUCAGUGAGGACGAUGAUGGAUUUGAUGACGACUUAGAUUUGGAUAUUUCCUUUGAGGAGGUGAAACCACUUUCUGCUAUCAAAGGAGGUAAUAAGAAAUUUUUUAUGGAAUCCAGGACUGCGCCCAGAUCAAACCCGGAGACCGUCUCUGGGCUUGUGCCUCCUACUCCAGCAUCUCUCCCUACGACUACGGUGGCUCCCCAGCCCACUCCAGUGGAGAGAAAAGGGGAAAAUGGCGGAGCAGUGAUGCCGAAGCUCUUUGACAUGUCUUGUGAUGAAACGCUCUGCUCUGCUGACAGCUUUUGUGUCAAUGACUAUACCUGGGGGGGCUCACGAUGCCAUUGCAACCUGGGCAAAGGUGGUGAGAGCUGCUCAGAAGAUAUCCUUAUACAGUAUCCUCAGUUCUUUGGUCACUCCUAUGUAACCUUUGAGCCCCUGAAGAACUCCUACCAGGCAUUUCAAAUUACUCUUGAAUUUAGGGCAGAGGCGGAGGAUGGCUUACUGCUCUACUGCGGGGAGAACGAACACGGGAGGGGCGACUUCAUGUCCCUGGCCAUCAUCCGACGUUCACUCCAAUUCAGGUUUAACUGUGGAACUGGGGUUGCCAUCAUCAUAAGUGAGACCAAAAUCAAACUAGGCGGCUGGCACACAGUUACUGUCUACAGAGAUGGGCUGAACGGGCUGCUGCAGCUGAACAACGGCACCCCAGUGACAGGCAGGUCCCAGGGCCAGUACAGCAAAAUUACUUUCCGGACGCCUCUCUAUCUUGGCGGGGCUCCCAGUGCUUACUGGUUGGUCAGAGCAGCAGGAACAAACCAAGGCUUCCGAGGCUGUGUGCAGUCACUCACGGUUAAUGGGAAGAGAGUCGACAUGAGGCCCUGGCCACUUGGGACAGCACUCAGCGGGGCCGAUGUGGGCGAGUGCAGCAGUGGAAUCUGUGAUGAAGCCUCGUGCAUCAAUGGUGGCACCUGCACAGCAGUCAGAGCUGACUCUUACAUUUGCCUCUGUCCCCUUGGAUUUAAAGGUCGACACUGUGAAGAUGCUUUCACCUUGACCAUUCCUCAAUUCAGAGAGUCCCUGAGAUCCUAUGCUGCGACGCCCUGGCCAAUGGAGCCCCAGCACUACCUUUCCUUCAUGGAGUUUGAGAUCACAUUUCGGCCAGACUCAGGUGAUGGCAUCCUCCUGUACAGCUACGACACGGGCAGCAAAGACUUCCUGUCCAUCAACAUGGCAGAGGGCCACGUGGAGUUCCGCUUUGACUGUGGCUCUGGGACUGGUGUUCUCAGGAGUGAAGACCCGCUCACUCUGGGCCACUGGCACGAGCUGCAUGUAUCUCGCACAGCAAAGAAUGGGAUCUUACAGGUGGAUAAGCAGAAGGUAGUGGAGGGCAUGGCAAAGGGCGGCUUCACACAGAUUAAGUGCAACACGGACAUUUUUAUUGGUGGAGUCCCCAAUUACGAUGCAGUGAAGAAGAACUCGGGUGUCAUCAAGCCAUUUAGUGGGAGCGUCCAGAAGAUCAUCCUUAACGACCGAACCAUCCAUGUGAAACAUGACUUGAUGUGGGGCGUGAAUGUUGAGAAUGCGGCCCACCCCUGCGUGGGGGCCCCUUGUGCCCACGGGGGCAGCUGCCGGCCCCGGAAGGAGGGCUAUGAGUGUGACUGCCCCUUGGGCUUCGAGGGGCUGCACUGCAAGAAAGAGUGUGGGAACCACUGCCUCAAUACCAUCACAGAAGCCAUUGAGAUUCCGCAGUUUAUUGGCCGCAGUUACCUGAUCUAUGACAAUCCAGAUAUCCUCAAGAGGGUGUCGGGAUCCAGAUCAAAUGCCUUCAUGAGGUUUAAGACAACUGCCAAAGAUGGCCUGUUGAUGUGGAGGGGAGACACGCCCAUGAGACCUAACAGUGACUUCAUGUCCUUGGGCCUUCGGGAUGGAGCCCUGGUGUUCAGCUAUAACCUGGGCAGCGGGGUGGCGUCCAUUACGGUGAAUGGUUCCUUCAAUGAUGGUCGAUGGCACCGAGUCAAGGCUGUUAGGGAUGGCCAGUCGGGAAAGAUAACUGUGGAUGACUACGGAGCCAGAACAGGCAAAUCGCCUGGCAUGAUGAGGCAGCUCAACAUCAAUGGAGCCCUGUAUGUGGGUGGAAUGAAGGAAAUUGUUCUGCACACUAACAGGCAAUACAUGCGAGGCCUCGUGGGCUGCAUCUCUCAUUUCACCCUGUCUACCGAUUACCACAUUUCCCUCGUGGAAGAUGCCAUGGACGGGAAAAACAUCAACACUUGUGGAGCCAAGUAAUGGCAGCUGGGCUUGCCCAAGGGACCGAGGCUUCUAUCCUGAGAAUCCCGGGGGCCUGAGACCCUGCCUGAUGCCAUACACGGAGGCACAGGCCAGGAGUGUUUCCUGUCAUCAAGGAGAAAAUACACCCUGAUGAGAAACUAGAACCAAGACAGGAGCAGCCCUGUGUGGCCUUUCCUACUUACACUCUGUGGGCCAAACCCAACGGAAUCCUCUGUGUAGGAAGCAUCAAACUUCGUCCAUUGAAAGUGUAGUGGCUGCCAGAGAUCACACAUCAAGGCAAAUUCCAGAGCCUGUCUGUUGUGGCUCAAUGACUGUGUUGUGAUUCAUAGUGCAUUAAAAAAAGAAAGAGAGAGAGAGAGAGAGAGAGAGAGAGAGAGAGAGAGAAAGGGUGGUAUUAAAAUACUUCUCUCCUUCCCUGACUCAUGAUACUUACUGACAGCAGAAUGACUCUGUGACCUUGAACUUCACAUUUCUCACCUUGGCCCAUGAAUUGCUAGGAUUAACCCUUUCCACUCCUCGCUGGGUGGUUCAAUGUGCUCUGACUAGUCCAUGACAAUAAGGAUGAGGGGAGACAUAGAAUCAUAAUCAUAAUGCUGCCCCCGUUAAGGUUUACCUUCAAUGAGAAAUCCCUACUUUUUAUAAUGCUCAUCUAAGAAAAUGAGCACCAUGAUUUUGUAGCUGUCCUUUUGUAUGUGUAUAUUUUUAUAGCUACCGAUUGUCCACAGUGUAUACUUUUGCAAGUUUGGGUGGACGACCCUGAAUUCUUUGCACACUUCCUAAAAUGUUUUUCCCAAAGGAGACUCGUUUGGGCUCUUGGUGGCCUCGAUGGAGUGGGGUAGGUAACUUGGGGUGGGCAUUCUCUUGGGGAGCUGACCACUCUUUUUUUGGUAAAUGUUGAUGGCUCAAGGAGAUGAAUCUGAAGCUUCCAAAAUAAGCAGAUUAAAAGGCACACGUGUUACUGAGAUGGGGCACUGUCAUUUUUGUUUUAAGAGAAGGGGAAUGUCUGUAGUGCAUGUGAAUAAAGGAGAUGAAGAAG